AGAGGGAGAGAGAUUAGAGAGGUAAAGAAGAGAGAGGAGAGAGAGUCCCCACAUCUUCUUCCCAUCUAUCUUUCUAUCUAUCUACUAAAAAAAAAGGCUCCAUCUUUAAAACCAAAACUCUCCUCCUCUCUCUCUCUCUCUCUCUCUCCGCUCCUUUUCCCGUCUCACCCCGCGACAUUUGUUUGCGCCUCUUGGCCAGCUCAUCCCACCUCCAUCCCUUUCUCUCUAUUAUAAGUACAAAAGACCUCUCCUUUUUCAACGCUUUUUCUCCACCCACCAGAUCUCUACCCUUAUUAUGCCUACCACCGUCUGCUGAGAUUUCUUCCUUCUCUGUUUUCUGGGAUUUUUUUAAAGAGAGAAUGGAGAAUACUACUGUGGUGGGGAGAAGAGGAGGAGGAAGAAGUGAUGAUGGUGGGACUGCAUCCAUGAUGUUUACCGAGGAUGAAGUGAGAGACAUUAGCGGGUUCAAGAUUGAAAGCGAUCAUGUAGAGGUGACGUGUGGAUGUACUAGCCACAGAUAUGGUGAUGCAGUUGGUAGGCUUAGGGUUUUCUCCUGCGGUGAUCUCGAAAUCAGCUGCGACUGUACCCCUGGUUGUCAGGAAGACAAGCUGACUCCUGCUGCAUUCGAGAAGCAUUCUGGGAGGGAGACUGCUAAGAAAUGGAAGAAUAACAUAUGGGUGAUAAUUGAUGGGGAAAAAGUGCCUUUGUUCAAGACAGCAUUACUGAAAUACUACAAUCAAUCUUCUAAGAGCAUCAAUGGAGCAAACAGGCCUAACAAUGUGAGAGCAGUUUGUCAUCGUGAUGAGUUUGUUCGCUGUAGUAGGUGUAACAAGGAUCGUAGACUCCGUCUACGCAACCUAGAGGAAUGCCGUGUCUACCAUGAUGCACAUGGUAAUGUCAACUGGAAGUGCACCGAUAUCCCAUAUGACAAAUUAAGCUGUGACGAUGAUGAGGAACGAGCAAGCCGCAGGGUCUACAGGGGGUGCUCGCGUUCACCAACAUGUAAAGGUUGCACCAACUGCGUAUGUUUUGGAUGUGAGAUCUGUCGAUAUUCAGAUUGCAACUGCCAGACUUGUGUUGACUACACAAAGAAUGCUAAGUAGCUUGAUGAGCAGCAGCAGCAGCAGCAUUUGCGUAUUGGCAUUGGGGCUUGCUUCUAAUUCUGGUUGGAUAUUUUUACAUUUAUAUUUUUGAUUUCGCCAUUUCAGGUUCUGAAUUAUAUUUCUUUUUUCAAAAUUGUGAAUUUCUCUGGCAACUAUUUUCAUCCAUUGGUAUUCUAUUUAAGAAAGAGGAGCUGGAUUUGCUAAAAUCUCUCAAGAGAUAUGCAACUUUAUUGUAAGAAAAAUGGUGGUCUGACAGACUUUACUAAUAUUUUUCUUCUUCUUUGAACAUUUAUAUAUAAUAUUACACCUCUUGGACUG